UUUCUUGCUGGGCGGUAACCUCUUCUUUCUUUCUUACUCUUCAAAUACUUACACAAUACAUUGCUUUGAUCUCGUCUUCUCUUUCUUUGCUCUGAACCUUCAAUUUAACUUCCCCUGCCCCUUUGUGAGCAGCAAUGGAGGAAUUAGAGAGAAAAGAGGGAUAGAUGAACAGCUGAAUCUUCUGGGAUUCUGCAGUCUGCACAAUACAAUUAAAUGGAGUUGGAGAGCGUUGACCAUCCCGAAUCUAAUCAUGGACAAGCACAAAUCAAUUUCGAUAAAUUUACCCUCUUCAAAACCUCAUCUAACUUCUACCUGAUAGGAAGAGAUGUUGAAAGAAGGCAUUGGAGAGUGUUGAAGAUUGGCAGAUGUAAGCCCUCUGCGCUUGUUAUCCAUGAAGAUCCAACCAUAUAUACACGCAAAGCAUGUAAACUUUUGCUGCGGAGUAUUGAUGAAGGGAACAAAUCAACAGGUGGACUUAAAUUCGUAACUGAUAGUUAUGGAAUCAUAGGUUUCAUCAAAGUACUGGAAUCUUACUAUAUCCUUUUGGUAACCGAGAGGAAGAAGAUUGGAGAGAUUUUUGACCAUCCAAUAUAUUCGAUAUCUGAAUAUAGGAUGAUCCCAAUCUCUCAUUCUUCUGCUUUGACCUACAUGUAUAACUCCACAAAAGAGAAUAGGUACAAAAAGCUUCUGCAGUUGGUUGAUAUUAGGGAUAACUUCUUUUUCAGUUACUCUUACCCUGUCAUGCAUAGGGUACAGCAGAACCUAAGUAAUGAACAGCAGGCAGAACAUUCUUCUGAUGGGAAAAUUUUUAUCUGGAAUGAGUUUAUAACUCGUAAAAUUCGUGAUGAUGUUAAGAAUACUAAUUGGACAGUUGCACUAGUCCAUGGAUUCUUCAAGCAGGUUGAGUUGGCUACUGGUGGCAAGACCUUUGUUUUGACCCUAAUCGCAAGACGGUCAUGCCAGUUUGCUGGAACCAGGUAUGAGAAAAGGGGCGUAAACGAACAGGGACAUGCUGCAAAUUUUGUAGAGAUUGAGCAGAUUAUAUGGCAAGCUAUUCCUAGUGAGCGGCCAGCCCAAAUUACUUCAGUUGUGCAAGUUCGGGGUUCCAUACCACUUUGCUGGUCCCAGAAACCUUCAAUGUUGAAUCUUAAGCCUGAUAUCUUGCUUUUAGAAGGAAAUGAUUCCUAUGCGUCAACACGACUCCAUUUCCAAAGUCUUUGUCUGAGAUAUGGAAGCCCAAUAGUUAUAUUAAAUCUCAUUAAGACGUGCAAAAAGAAGCAUCGCGAGUUUGUGCUCCACGAGGAAUUCUCGAAAGCUGUUGCUUCCAUCAACAAUGACUUAUCUGAAGAGGAUAAGGUGCUGUUUUUUAGCCUGGACCUUGAUGCAGUCUUCCAAGAUGAGGGAGCCGAUGAGAUUUCAGAACUCAAAUGUUUGGCUGCAAAUGCACUAAUGAAAACCGGAAUCUUCUCUUCCCAAAUGCCUCGAUCUGUAAAUUUUGAGGCAUCAUUUGACCUAUCGUUUACAAGCAAUAAUGAUGUUUCGAUCAUGAUGCAACAAAAAGGGAUACUAAGAACAAAUUGCCUUGAUUCGUUGGAUCGCACUAACUUCGCUCAAUAUGUGUUUGGCGUAGUUGCUCUUGGUUAUCAGUUGGAUGAUUUAAGAAUAACAGAAUCUCGAGAACUGGACUUUAAGAACUCGUUAGCAUAUGACCUCAUGAGCAUUUACCAAGCCAUGGGUGAUGCCCUUUCUCGACAAUAUGGUGGAUCUCCUGCACACCAAAAGAUAUUCUCCAAGAUCAAGGGCCAAUGGAAAGUGGCAUCACAGUUUCAGGAGUUCACUAAAAGCGUUCAACGCCAUUGCAGCAAUUCCUUCUUGGAUGUCACCAAGCAACAGGCUAUCGAUAUGUUUUUAGGACAUUUUGAACCUGAAGUUGGUGAACUGACUCCACAGAAAGCUAAUUUAUAUCAGGACAGUUGUAAAUGGCUUAAGGACAUAUACUUGAAAAAAAUACCAAGGUGUAAUUUAUGCAUCUAUUCUGGCUUUGAACGGCUAUGGUUUGACGAGAGUGCUGAUAGAUUUCAUUCCCGAUGCUUGACAUUCCCUUGUAGAGGCUCACAGCAUGGAUCACAAGAAGGGUAUGCACUGAUAGACUUUCCUGCAGACCCAGGAUCUGAAUGAGUCUUAAAAGUGUUGGGAUAAUGAUAGCAGACCCCAAUUCUUGACCUCUGCAGUCUGCACAACAUACUGAUUACUGAUAAUAUUACGUUUUUGAUGUCUUUGGACAUUUUUGGUAGCUUUGAAUUACUCCUAAUUGUUAUGAUAUCUCUAAAAUGCUCCAUAUGGCUUUACUGUAAGCUUGGGUCAAAUAGUUUUGGCUUAUUAUGAUUUCUGACAAGGAUAGAAUAGUUGGAGACGUCGAAUUCGAGUUUCAGACUUUUAAUAGUCUCUUUUCUCUUCCUCAUUUUUGUAUACUUUUUUUUACCUUAGUUUUACUCAUGUUUGUACAUAUGUAUUUUUUCAUAUUUUUAUUUGGUUCUUAUGGGUCAAUUUUUAUUUUGCUUAUGUUGGAGUCCACAUGGAGCUUUUUUUUAAUACGUACUGCAUAAUUUUCAUCACUUUCUUGAAAGGAUCUAACUAUUUGGAGUCUAAUUGAUCAUAUUUCUUCUGCCUUUUGUUAUGAGGGGGUAUGAAUAUGAUUUAUACGUCAUCUACUAGGACUUUGGCUUUAUAAACGGGAUUUACUAGAUGUCUAGGAAUGAUAAUAUGAUAUGGAAUGAGUAUAUUCCCUUGUUUGUAUGGAGAAGAUUUUGUGUUUUGGAUCAAGACAUUUACAUGUACUUUGAUUGA